AUGCGUCGCUGUUACUCGUUGAAUCCGUGGAUUUUUACGCAUACUUCCUUGAAUGUCAUCCCUGAAGAAAUCGAUGACGAGACAUGCUUUGAGCAGAUAUCCUUAGAUCGACACACUUGGCAAGACUUGAAAGCUGGACAUACCAUUAAUGGUACGGCACGUAACCUUCUUUCCGCGUCCACCAUCAAUCACAAUGGUGCUAUUUAUCAUCAAGUUUGUGACGACUUAUGCUUAACUUAA